GUGUAUAUAAAUUUGCAGUGCAACAAGCUGUGCUGUGCAUAAUCAACAUUCAUCAGAUUCAUGGCAUUGUACGUGAAACCCUUGUUGAAUAAUAAUAUAUUUCUUGUGCUGCCCACAAAAUUAUCAAAAUUAUUAUUAUUAAUUUUGAUAUUUUGUUUGAUUUCUUUGAGUGAUGAAAUUACAAUUACUAGUAAGAAUAACAAAGUUGAUAAUGUUGGUGGUGGAAUAACUGCUGAUUUGAUCCAUGGAGACUCUCCCCUUUCCCCUUUCUACGAUCCCUCGUUAACGCCAUUUGAGCGUGUGAGAAACUCGUUUCGUCACUCUCUCGCUCGUCGUCGUUCAAUUAGGUCAAAUAAUUCAAAAUUGUCGCCACCGGAGGCAUUUCUCACUCACAUUUCAGGGUUUUACCUAAUGAAAUUAAGGGUUGGGGAUCCACCGGUGGACUUAAUGGGAAUUGCCGACACGGGGAGCGAUCUGACGUGGACACAAUGCGCCCCUUGCUCCCGUUGCUACAAGCAAAAAACUCCAAUUUUCGAUCCCAAGAAAAGCAAAACCUAUUCAACCGUAUCAUGUAAAUCACAACAAUGCCAAACGUUGAGAUUCGAGAAUCCAUCUUGCGACAAUACAACAAAUGGCUGUCUCUACGAAACAAUUUAUGGCGGCGGGACCCACAGCUCCGGAGACCUAGCAACGGAAACAUUCUUAUUCGAUUCAAAUUUGCCGUUUUCUAAGGUCGCGUUUGGCUGUGGUCACAACAACUUUGUUGGGGAAGGUUUGGGAACGUCCUCUGGGAUAGUCGGCCUCGGUGGGGGACCGGUGUCGAUAAUCAGACAGUUAAAGAAAUAUUAUUCAAUAGACGCCAAAAUCUCGUAUUGUUUGCCGCCUCCUAAUUCCAACGUGUCGAGCAAGAUAAAUUUCGGGAGCAACGCAGUUGUUUCGGGGCCUAAAGUAAUGUCGACACCCUUAGUGAAGAAAGAGCAUGAUACAUUCCACUAUGUUACUUUCGAGGGAAUUAGUGUUGGGAAUAACAAGUUGGCGUUCAAAUCGAAAGAAUCGAGAAAAACGGUGGAGGAAGGGAAUAUGUUUAUCGAUACCGGCAGCACGUAUACGUAUUUGACGACUGAUUUCUAUUUCAAAUUCCUAUCUGCAUUGGAGAAAGCUCUAAAUGGUACUCCUACGGCUAAUCCAGAAGGAGGCUUCCAAGUAUGCUACGAAAAACCCGCAAACGGAAAAUUCAAUUCUCCGACAAUAACGGCACAUUUUAGAGGGGGCGUUGACUUGGUCUUGUCGCCGGAGGGUACGUUUGUGGAGGUGAAUAAAGGGGUGGUGUGUUUGGCUAUGUUGCCUGAUUUUUCAAAUGACUUAGUUUUUGGAAAUUCACAGAUGAUUAAUUAUCUGAUUGGAAUUGAUCUUGAGAAUCAAAAGGUUGAUUUCUUGCCAACUAAUGAUUGCACCAACCCCAAUUAG